AUGAAGCUUCUCCAAUUAACGAGAGUUUUUUAUACGUUUUUCGGCUUGUCGUCCGCUUCGAGUUACUUUGACAAUGCUCUGGGCACAGAGUUAGAAAACUUCGAUCUUGAUUACUCAAUUGAGGAGUAUCCAGAUAUCGCUUACAAUGAUGUUGCGGAAAUGGAUGUCGGUGAACAAAUUAAGUUGCUCCACAAUUUCUCCAACCGUGAAAAUAAGGAUAUUACAAUUGUUGGUCUUGGAGGUGCUUUUAGGGACGCGAUUACUGGGGAGCCUCUUGUGAACCUUACAUCAACUACUGUGGGGCCCAUAAUUAUUCCACCGGGCGAAUCAUCAAUAAUCGGUCAAAAAAUUAAUCUAGACUUUGGAGGCGGCAAUUUUCUUUUGUCGCCUCGGGUGUUUGUUGCAUUCAAUGAUGAAGUCAAAGUCGUCCAGGCAAGACCUCAGUUGACCGUUAUUAAAGAGAAGCCGCUCUCAUUCUUCGACCCUCAACUUAUGUUUUUGGAGGUUUUGCUUCUUCUUGCUACAGGAAUUGGAUUAUAUGUUGCUGUUCCCUCUAUAUUCUCUGAAAAGAAGGUGUCCCCCGUCCAAGAGAAAUCUACCAAGAGCACAGGAUUCGACCCUUCAUGGGUUCCAAUUCUUGAUGCAAAAUAUUCGCUCAUCUUGAGGCAUCCUGCUCCCACGUAUACGAAUCAUAGUCGUUCCAAACGCCAUGUGGGACACAGACACCAUGAUGGCGCAAGCAACGAGGAGCGAGACCCGCAGAAAGCACGUCAAAUAUCUAACAAAGUUAUUGUGGAGUUUGUCAAGACAGAUUUGCUUGAUCUUUCAACUUUUAAAGACAUCACUCCUAGUAAAUCCAGGCACAACAAAACUUUAUUAGGAUUCAUAGGGUUGCAUUACGUGAAAGGCAACAUUCACCUCGGCUUCAUCACUAGAUCGACUAGAGUUGCGUCAGCAAGACUAAACGAGACGGUAAAUGUUAUAACCGACGUCACAUUUUACUGUCUAAAUAAUGAUGAGUUCGAUAAGACGAUCAACUUGAGCGAUGAAGAGCUGGGACAUCAUGUCCAGAAUGAAGAAACAGACUUGCACACGAGAUAUCCAUCAUUAUCAGUGCAAAAGCUUCUCAAACUGGGACAUUUUUACUACUCAGAUGACUUUGACAUCACCUCUAAUCUUCAAGAAAGGGGUAUCUCGAUGAUGGAUGGCAACCGUGUUUCAGCAGACACGCCUUACUUCCGAAGCUUCAUGUGGAACUACAAUAUGAUUACUGAAAUGAUUGAAUUUCGAAAUGGGUUAAGUGCCAUCGAAAAGCAGUGUUUUGAUGAAGCAAGGUUCUCCACUAUCAUUACCAGGGGCUAUGCUAAGACAAUCAAUAUUAGUUUAGAGAACAAAGACGAAGCGCUCCUUACAUUAAUUUCGAAACAGUCCUGCAAAAAAAAGGGUCCCUUGUUCGGCGAUUGGGGAUGUGACGAUGAUGGAGCCGUCUCUAACUUCGUUGAGAGUGAAAUUAUCAUCUAUUGCAAGAGGUUUUGUUUUUCAUACGUCAUUGUACGUGGUAAUGUACCAACAUUUUGGGAGUUGCAAAAUUCUUUUGGUAAGAAAAGCAUUAUCUCUAAAAAUUCAAAGAAACUUGUGUUGACUAGAUCGUUUGAGGCAGCCCAACAUGCGUUCACUAAGCAUUUUGAGUCUCUUGGUAUCCAAUAUGGGGAUAUUCAUGUUAUUGAUUGCCUUCUGAGAGACCAAGGUUCCUACAAAGGUCAGCUUAAGGAUAAUUAUAGGGAGCACCUUCAAGCAUUCUGGAAUUCGAGAGAGCGCACUCUAGAUUACUACGGGGAUGAUAAGGAUUUGUUUGCUGCAUCGGCCAACUUUACCGUUUCAGCUACAGAUAUGCCCAUCUCCACUUCAUUCAUGAAGAAAAUUGGAUACUCCGCAUCGAACCCCAGCGAACUCGUAGGGCCGUUGGUUGAUUACAUUCUCAAUUUCGGUGCCUUGUUCUACGACUUCGAGGACCAAUCUUACAUCGGCAAACAACUUGGUGUCUUUCGAGUAAACUCCUUUGACUGUCUCGCCAAGGCCAACUUUAUUAGCAAGGUAAUCUCUCAGGAAGUUAUUGAACUAGCUUUCAGGGACCUAGAUAUUCAUGUGGAUGAACAAAUUCGCUCACAACAUGCAAAGCUUUGGAAAGAAAAUGACGAGGUUUUGAAGGACCUUACACAUAACUACCUCUCCACGUUGGCGUAUACCCCCGGUGAAAAAUCGAACAAGAGAAGUCUCAAGACUCAGCUUGCGAAAAAGUAUCUCAAUGUUGUCGGAGAUAUUCGACCUAACGAGAUGGCCAUGCGCAAGCUACUUGGCAGGUUGCAAACUCAAGAAAAGGUGAAGAUUUAUAAUCCACUUCACCAGUAUGUCUCCGCCGAGUUACGCAAGAGAUCGGGUGAGUACAGCUUCAAGAAAGACAUCAAUAUAUUUGCGUCUACCUUCAAUGUGAAUGGUGAUUUGUGCAAAGAUGAACAAGUGAGCCAAUGGAUUUAUCCUCAAGGACUUCAAGGCUCUAAAGAGUACGACAUAGUUUUCAUAGGUUUCGAGGAAAUUGUCGAGCUAACACCGGGUAAGAUGAUGAACGUUCGAUCUGGAAAUCUAAUGACAUGGGAAGCUCAAGUGAGAAGAGUUCUCGAAGGGCUGCAGUCAACACGGUCAAAGUAUGUUUCUCUUUGGAGUGGUCAGAUGGGUGGUAUUGCAUUACUUCUCUUUAUUAAAAGUGAGCACGUUGGUCAAAUCCUGAAUAUCGAGAGUGCAGUGAAGAAAACAGGUUUGGGCGGAAUGAGUGCAAACAAGGGAGGCAUGGCCAUGAUUGUUCAUUUUGUUAUCAAGAUCAUCGAGCAUUUUUUCCAAAGCAGCGGCUUGAGCUUCUGCUUCGUUAACUUGCUUGAGCGCCGUGGCUAG